AUGAGGGCCGAGAUGCUGGCCGAGCAUCCCCCCCUUGGGAUUUUUUUGCCUUUUGUUGGGUUUUUUUGCCUUUUUCGUGCACGUUGCGUUGGUGUGGUGUUGCGCUGGGUGUUGUGUUGUGUUGUGCUGUUGUGCUGUGUUGUGGUGUUGUGGUGUUGCAUUGUGUUGUUGUGUUCCGUUGUGUGUUGUUGUGUGGUGUUGCAUUGUGUUGUGUGUUGCUGCGUUGUGUGUUGUGUUGUUGUGCUGUGUUGUGUUGUUGUGCUGUGUUGUGUUGUUGUGUUGUGUUGUUGUGUUGUGUUGUUGUGCUGUGUUGUGUUGUUGUGCUGUGUUGUGUUGUUGUGUUGUGUUGUUGUGUUGUUGUGCUGUGUUGUGUUGUUGUGUUGUGUUUGUUGUGUUUGUUGUGUUGUUGUGCUGCACUGUUUUUGUGCUGUGUUGUGUUGUGCUGUGUUUGUUGUGUCGUGUUGUGUUGUUGUUCUGUGUUAUGUUCUUGUGCUGUGUUGUUGUGCUGUGCUGUUAUUUUGCUGUGUUGUGUUGUUGUGCUGCGUUGUGUUGUUGUGUUGCGUUGUGUUGUUGUGUUGUUGUGCUGUGUUGUGUUGUGUUGUGUUGUUGUGUUGUUGUUGUUCUGUUGUGUUGUUGUCAUGUUGUGUUGUUGUGCUGUGUUGUGUUGUUGUGUUGUUGUGUUGUUGUGCUGCGUUGUGUUGUUGUGCUGUGUUGUUGUGUUGUGCUGUGCUGUGUUGUGUUGUUGUGUUGUUGUGUUGUUGUGCUGUGUGGAUCCAUUUGCCCAACCCCAACCCUGCAUCCCAUCCAUUCCCAUCCAUCACUGCCCGCUCGCCCCAACCCUUUGCCCCCUGUGUGCUGUGUUGUGUUGUGCACGUUGUGUGGGGCCAUGUUUUGUGUUGCGUUGUGUUGCAUUGUGUUGUGUUGAGUUGUGUUGCAUUGUGUUGUGUUGUGUUGCAUUGUGUUGUGUUGUUGUGUUGUGUUGUUUUGUUGUGUUGUGUUGUUGUGUAGCUGUGUAGCUGUGCUGUGUUGCUGUGCUGUGUCGUUGUUGUGUUGUUGUGUUGUUGUGUUGUUGUGUUGUUGUGUUGUGUUGUGUCGUUGUUGUGUUGUUGUGUUGUUGUGUUGCUGUGUUGUGUCGUUGUUGUGUCGUUGUGUCGUUGUUGUGUUGUGUCGUUGUGUCGUUGUUGUGUUGUGUCGUUGUUGUGUUGUGUCGUUGUGUUGUGUUGUUGUGCCGUUGUGUCGUUGUGUCGUUGUUGUGUUGUGUUGUUGUGUUGUUGUGUCGUUGUUGUGUUGUGUCGUUGUUGUGUUGUGUCGUUGUUGUGUUGUGUUGUUGUGUUGUUGUGUCGUUGUUGUGUUGUGUCGUUGUUGUGUUGUGUCGUUGUGUCGUUGUGUCGUUGUGUCGUUGUGUCGUUGUGUCGUUGUGUCGUUGUUGUGUUGUGUCGUUGUGUCGUGCAGCCGUGCAGCCGCGCAGCGCUCGCAGAGCCACCAGCGCCCGCGCGCCGCCUCGGACGCGGCUCACAGCGGCC